AUGCACCUCCUCGGGCGCCUCCGGCUCUCGCUGAUCGGAGUCAUAAGCUCGGGCGCCGCUCCAUCCGCAGCUCUCCGGCUGCCGACCAUGGCCGGAGUCCGGAUGCGCGGGGCUGGACAGCAGGCUCGGAUGAUGGGCAGCGUGCGUGACCUCAACGACCAGGGCGUCGAGUACAGUGUGCGCAAGACCGAGGCCGCGUGGCGCGAGGCCGGCUGGCGGGAGCAGCUCUCGGACGAGGAGUACUACGUGCUGCGGCAAAAAGGGACCGAGUACCCUGGAUCAGGCAAGUACGACAAGUUCUACCCAAAGGCAGGCCACUUUGUGUGCGGCGGGUGCGGCGCGCCGCUCUACUCCGCUGCGGCAAAGUUCGACAGCGGGUGCGGUUGGCCUGCUUUCGACCGGAUCGUCAAAGGCGCUGUGGUGACGCAGACAGACACCUCGCUCGGGAUGCGGCGCGUCGAGAUCCUCUGCGGCUCGUGUGGCGGCCACUUGGGCCACGUCUUCGAGGGCGAGACAGUAGAGCGCGAGAUUGCGCGAGGUUGCGCGAGGUUGCGCGAGGUUGGUGCUGAGGAGUGCGGGCUGGUGGACGUGCGGCGACGUCGCCCCGAGAUCGCUUGUGAGACGGAUUGGUUGGCGCAGUUGAUCAUCCGAGACUGCAUGACACUGCCCGAGGUUGUCCGAGAUCGCCCGCGAGAUCUCGCGAGGGUGUUUGCUCCCCUUCCAGGCGAGCGCUUCACCCGGACCAAUGAGCGGCACUGCGUCAACUCGGCGUCGGUGAGGUACGUCGACGCUCCGCUGCCCGACGGCGCAGCCGAGACCAAGGUGCUCCCCGAGCCCGAGGACGACGCCGCGGGCGCGAAGAGCAUCCUGAGCGAGCUUAUCGGCAAGAAGGGAGGGCAGGGAGACUGAGCUGUGUAGAUGGCUCGGCCGACACUGCGGCGGCUUGCGUGGCUGACAGCCCUGACCGUUCCUUCUCUCGCUCGCAGCAGACAUGGAACCUUGCACGCCCGCCCCCCGAGCCGGCGUGUCUGGGACCAACCAGUGAGUUGUGUAGAGCAGCGGUCCCGCGGCCCCCUUCUGAGAGUUGUGCACCCUGUGGUGUGGCGCGUUAUCCCUGGGCCCCCGCAUAUACCAAUUAAUUCCCUCUUGUGUUUUUUC